AAAUGACUUCUAUAAAAUUCCUAUAAAUUUUCUACAAAAUUAAAUUUUCAGUGUUUUUUUCCAAGUUAUUCUCUAAUUUUCUAAACACAAUUAUAUUUCAAUUGUUGCAUUGUAAAUGAAAAAUCAAGUUCCGUUAUGUUUGGCAAUAACAACACAAAUCAUAUGCGCCCAGUUCUGUAUUACGAUGACAUAAAUCCGCAUUCGCGUGCAGUGUUAAUGAUCCUGAAUAUGUUGGACGUCGACAUUGAGCUGAGAGCAAUCGAAAUGAUCCGAGGCGAACAUAUGAUGCCUGCAUACGGGAAAAUCAAUCCGGCACACACCGUCCCCACCAUGGUGCACAAUGAUCUCGUCAUCACCGACAAUGCGAUAUUCUCUUACGUCUGUCAAAAUCAUGACAACGAGAAGGCAAAAGAACUGAUUGCCUUUAGCUGCUCCAAAGGACACUGUCAUGUCUUGUCCAGACUAUUCUUUGAGAGCCAGGUAUUGCAUCGAAUCCAUGGGCAAUUGAUGACAGAUUUAGUGCGAAAAACUAUUUACGAAACAGAUGUUGAUUAUCAUCGGAAGAAAGUCGAACAGGCGUAUGAUGUGAUGGAGCGAUAUUUGACGGACGGUCCGUAUAUGGCAGGAUGUAUGUUAACUGCUGCUGAUAUUUCAUUUGUCGCUUGCCUUGGUGCCUUGGACAUAGUCUUUCCCAUUGACGCAGAUCGCAAUAGAUGGGCUAAGUUGAACGACUGGUUCGGGCGCAUGCGCGCACUGUCAGUACAAAAAAUUAAUAUAAAUGGAAUUGAGAAGCAACGUCAGAUAGUAGAAUAUUUUGCCAAAUAUCAAUUCACAUCAGGUCUAAGGCAUUUCACGACUGGAGUACGCGAGUCGCUUAGUCCACAAUUCCCUUUAAGGCACUUGCGUUGCAAUAUUGGUGUACAAACAACGGAGCCAGUAGACGAAGACACCUUAGAAGCAGAUCUUGUUGUGAUGAAGAGCGCAGGUGGUAAUACAACAACAAAUGAUGUGUUAUUAAAGGGAAUUCCAUACUACACGGGGUUCUUAAUAGAAACAAACUCGCCGCCAGAUGUGGCAGUUGAAAGUAUAGAAAGUGACACUCCUCAAGAUGCACCGUUACAAGCUUCCGCGACGCUACCUAAAGCGCAAUUAGUAGACAAUUACUUCGUGUCACAAUCAAUUGCCAAUACUCCACUACAAGUUGAAAAAUCGAGUGAUUUGGCAUACAAGGAGAAACCGCCAGUGCCGCCAAAGAAGAAAAGAGAUAUGGCAAUUCUUAUGACAUCAAUAGAAUCAGUAAACCCGCAGGACGCGGACAAUAUGAUAAUCGAUCAAUCUUGCGCGUGUGAAGAGCCAGAAAGAGUCUAUGAAGAGAAACUGAAAAAUUCAAACAGCAAAGACAAAUGCGGCGUUAUUUCUAAAACAAGCAAUUUGAGCCGUUUAGAUGGUGGCAUCGAUCCCACAGUUGCUUCAGAAAUGCCGCCAGAAAAUGAGAUUCCAGUACCACCUGUUAAAGCUUAUCUACCAAUACCAGUAAAUAAUUCAGCGGAAAUAAGCAAAGAUCCCAGAACAACUCCAGCCAAAUCAACAACUGCGCCAGAUUCAUUGAAAACGAGCACCGAAAGCCAGGCCCAACCAUCAAAAAUACCUUUAUUACCACCACGUUUGCUAAUUAAUUGUCCACAAGUGGCUUUGCAAUAUGCGCGCAGUUCGAAUGCGCCUGCCGUAGCGGUGACUGCACCGCCACCGAGCCCCGAGAACUCCUCACAAGAUGAACAAAUCGACUUUGAAUUUCCACAGCCACCAUCUGAGGUGCUAAUACAGCACCCAUGCACACGUGGCAAAGUGGCGCGAGCACCGAAGCUGGCCGACACUAACAAAGUCAGUGCGGUGGGUAAACCUUUAAUUGGUGUACAAUCAGCAUUAGGCAACUCGAAGUCCACAAAGGAAUCGGUGGCAAGGAUUAUAGAAAAAAAACCGAGUAUGUUAAAGUCUCCAAAAGCAAGAAAAGUAGUCGGCAGCGAGCCAAAAGAGCCCAAACUUGUUCGAAAAACGAAUAAGGGUUUGUUGUUAGCUAGCGGCACGAGAUCGACCUGUUCUAAUUUCUCGCAAUCAUCACUGCAGAAGGAUAAGGCCAAAAAAGUGCAGAAACCCUUGAAUGAGUCAAAUCCAAUGCAAAAGUUGAUUCCAGCCAUGGCGAACAGUUCGCCUACAAAAGCUCAAGCCAUGAAAAAACGGAAACUGGAAAGAUGUUCAGGCGUAAAAAUAGUUGAAAGUUUGGCUUCUACUAAGGAUGCGGUUCAAAAAGCAAGCGGCCGCUGGCUUACCUGCAGUGCCACAAAGGUAAUAAAUGCAAAGGGUGCGGAAAAAAAGCGCAAAGCUGAAGGUGGUGGGCAAUGGAUUUCUGAAGAAAAAGAACCAUCAACAGCAAAAGUUGUUGAUACAAAGACGAAAUUUUUGGACGCUAAAUCAAAGGAGUCUACAGGUGCUGAUGUGAAGUCUAAAACUGUUACUGAAAGUAAGGUAAACCAUACAAUUGAAGCGGCAAGUGCUAAACAUCUGCGGCUUAGCACAUCAACAGCAGAGAACACGAGUCUCAAAAUCUUAGUGAAGACUGUUAAAAAAGAUGUGAAGCCCGCAAAUCUACGGUUGAUCACGAAAAAUAAAUCGAAGAUCUACCCCACUAAGUUUUUGGCGUUGAAUCAAACGAGUUCCCACAAAAACCAGUCUAAGAUGGAACUAGGAAAGAGGGCAGUCGCGAAAAAUAAGAAUAAAUGCGGUUCGAGGGCAACUAGCGAAGAAAUUCUAAGCAGCGCACAACCUCCAUUGCUUGAAACCACUUGCGCCUCCUCGGUUCCAGAGCUCGAAUGUGUUGAAGAACAGAGUACAUUGGAGCAAAAUAGGGAAACUGAUACGUCUAUGCUAAUAAACGUCACACCAGCUACUGCCGCGGAAAAAACACUAUCAUCACCGCCAGUAAGCACAGAUAGCUCCAUAUUGCCAGCGAUAAUUGAAACAGUAAAUACCUACGAAACUGCAAUAAUGGCACGGACGAGCAGUUCAAAACACGUGAAUUCCUUCACUGUCAAAGAAGCGCCAGUGACAGUAGAAUUGGCUGCCAAGGCACCACCGACACUGACAGUUAAUAAUAUUAUACAAAUAUCACCGCCACAGCCUCCUCCACUUCCGCCACCGCCUGUGCCUUUCCAUUACAAACAAAAACAACCAACAGCGCCGCCAAACAUAUCAACAAACGACGCCCUACCCCAGGCGGGUACUGUCGCAAAGGUGCUGCAGUCUUUAAGCACAGUGGGCACGGAAGAAGUGAAUUCCAUUUGCAGUACGACUAAAUCCGUCAAGAAUGCUGGACUUAAGAUGAAAAAUGUAGGAGAGGCAACAAUACCCAAGAUGAAGAAUGCAGCGCACAAAGAAAAUAUUACCCGCAACAUCGAGGAAACAGUUGUUGCGCGACCGUUGGCUGAAAUACUGACGGCGAUAGCACAGCUUAAGAAUAGGAAGAUGGUAGAGCGCACAAAUCCAACUGAAUUGAUAAACGAAACUCAGCAAUCGUUCACAAAAACAAAAGAUUUGUCAGAUAAGCGGGGAAACAUGGCGCAAGCGGCAGGGGAGCAGGCAAAAGCAACCAUUACGAAGGAAACGAUAGAUACAGUCGAGCUGGAUUGCAAAGCAACAGCGGUGGCAGCGUUAGACGAGUUCAAUAAACCAGCAGGGGAAAAGCUGGUGCGCCUGGAAGAGGAUAAAAAGUUAGCUGAAAUAGAGACUGAGCACAUUUCAAGAGCUGAUACUCAGUCACCGUUGAUAGAAGUAGAGCCGACCGAAGUAUUGGACGUGAGAGCUGAGUCCAUCCCAGUAUUAGAGCCAGCAAAGAGAGUCCCAAAUUCGUUCAUAUCAGAGACGCAUGUAUUGAAAAAGUCCCCAAUGUUCGACGCUUGCCCCACCAAUACCACCACAAAUUUAUCUGAAAGUGCACCUAAAUCAACACAAGCAGCCCACAAUAGUCCAGCUAAAUCAACACAGAUUAACCGCAAUAUUACACAGAGAAACUUGGUAAGUGGAGGCAGUGUGACUUUGCCACCAACACCACUACCAACGCAACCAAAUAUAAUAAGUACUGGGUAUGCACGCGCCGAGACGUAUACCGUUGCACCAUUGUUUGCCCGCACAGGACAUGCGCUCGGCAAUAUUAUUGCACCCAAUCUACGCAGACACUCGACUGGACCAUGUUCUCAUGGGCCUUCAGGAAAUGUGCCCAUGCCACCAGAGCAGCUAAUACCUGUUGAACGCAAAUGUUUUGUACCUCCACCGCCACCAAUGCCACGACCAUUGUUCCAGUCAUCGACAAAAAUGGCAGCAACGACGCAUAAGUCGAGACCACAUCUUAAAUCUGGAUUUGUGAUGUCAGUCCGUGUGCUUAGUCCGCGCAUACGUGAGGAUAGACCCUAUCCGACAACGCAUGGAAGUCGUAGCCAGCGUGGGGAUGAGCGAAAAUCAAAGGCAGGGGACGAGUUAUGUGAUUAGCGGCGUGGAGGUUCUAAUAGUAUUGCUGAUAAUAACACAUUUUUAUGUACUCACAAACAUAAAUUUAGUAAAAAAAAGAUAUUAAACAUUUGCUUUACAGUUUUUUA